AUGUCGUCUGUCAAUACGAUCCCUACUCCGGUUGCUACCCAUGCCGCUACGGACACUACAUCCGUCAACAGACCACCUAGGAACAGGAAAAGAGGUCGAGGUCCGCCCAAAGAUGCCGGCAAAGAUGGCCGAAGUAUGCGGCUACAUUCUUCCAAUGCAGAACCAGCAGGAACGGCUGGAAUAGCGGAUUCAAGACUCAACGGGGAUGCCCGAGAGUUUGUUCCGGCUUCGACACUUCCUACCGCAAAGCGAGAACGGCCGAAACGACAUCAGAAUUUGAAGCAGCCUCCGCAAGGUGGCAAGAACCAUAUUGAAGCGACUGCUAUUACACCACCGACCGAUGUGGCUACAGGGCCGAGCAAAAGACGAGCGUCUCUAUUGCGGUCGACUGCGCCUGACAUUGCGACUAGGGUUCAUGAAGAUAUUGCGAAAAGCAUCUACGAAUGUGCGAUAUGCACGAAUGAAAUUGGCAGAAACUCCAAACACCGCAAGGUCAGGUUCAAGAUGGACAACUCCCUCCUGCGAAGCAAUGGCGGUGUCCCGGGUGUAAUCUACCGCAGGAGACGCUACCUUCGGCAUAUAGCUGCUGGUGUGAGAAGGAAUUGGAUCCGAGACCUAUUCCUGGUUUACCUCCACAUUCUUGUGGACAAACUUGCGGCCGACAGAAGACUUUCCCCAAACCGUGCCCUCACCCAUGCAAUCUGA